UGUACUUCACAUACCAAGAAAAAAACAAAGAAUUAACCCAAAAAAAAAGUCCCAAGAAAAAGAAUGGGUAGCAUGGCUGAGAGAUGGGAGGAACUUAGUGGGAAAAACAAUUGGGAUGGGCUAUUGAAUCCCUUGGAUCUUGAUCUUCGUAAAUAUAUAAUUCAAUACGGUGAAAAGGCUGAGGUAACUUAUGACACCUUUAUUACGGAUACUGCAUCCAAAUAUGCAGGAGCUAGCAGAUACUCGAUGGAAAACCUUUUUUCUAAUGUCGGACUUGACCCAUCAAAGUAUCGUGUAACUAAAUUUUUCUAUGCUACCUCUUCCAUGCCAGUUCCUGCUGCUUUCAUUCUAAAAUCAUUGUCAAGGGAAGCAUGGAGUAAAGAAUCAAAUUUUAUGGGGUACAUUGCUGUGGCUACUGAUGAGGGUAAGGUUUCACUAGGAAGAAGGGAUAUUGUGGUUGCUUGGAGAGGAACAAUUCAGUCACUGGAGUGGGUUAAUGACCUUGAAUUUUUACUUAUUCCAGGACCAAAAGUGUUUGGUAAUGGGGGUUUAGUUCCCUUGUUCCAACCAUUGGUACAUCAUGGCUUCUACAAUGUUUAUACAUCAGAAAGUGCACGAUCAAAUUUUAAUAAAACUAGUGCUAGAGAUCAGGUCAUUGAAGAAGUGAAAAGAUUGGUUGAGGAAUAUAAGGACGAAGAGGUAAGCAUAACUGUGACUGGCCAUAGCCUCGGUGCAUCACUUGCAACCUUAAACGCGGUUGACAUAGCUUUCAAUGGAAUCAACAAGUCAAGCACCGGCAAGGAGUUCCCAGUGACAGCCUUUGUAUUUGCAAGUCCUAAAGUUGGGGAUCUCAAUUUUGUUAACACAUACAACAAACUGAAACACCUUCACAUCUUGAGAAUUCAUAACUUAUUGGAUGUUGUUCCGAAAUACCCACCCAUAGGCUAUUUCGACGUUGGAAAGGAACUAAUGAUUGACACCGUAAAAUCCCCCUACUUAAAUCCUCCUGGAGAUAUCCUCACUUGGCAUAAUUUGGAGUGUUACAUGCACGGAGUUGCAGGCACUCAAGGUUUAGGGCUCUUAAUAAAUUUUAAACUAAUGGUAGAUCGUGAUCUUGCCCUUGUCAACAAAUCUUCGAAUGCAUUGAAAGCUGAAUAUCUUGUCCCAGCAAAUUGGUGGACUGUGAAGAACAAAGGAAUGGUUCAACAAGAAGAUGGAAAGUGGAUUCUCCAAGAUCGCGAGGACUAUGACAUAAUUGUGACAGAGCUUUAAUUUGGAGUUUAAGGUAUGGCUAUGUUAAUUUAUUUUCUUAAUUCCUUGUAAUGUUUGAAUAAAGGGUUACGGUGAACACAUCAUAUGCAAUAUGUAUAUGUGAGUGUUCGGAAAAUUCCGUACUGAGUGUGUUGUAAAACUGGAAAGGAAGUUGUCCUUACCUAAAUGAUGAAGCUUAAUAUUAAUGUGUUUGUUUUGUUAA